ACAGGCAGUCUAUCUGCGGAGCGUCAAUCGCUAGCUAGCGAUAGCGCGCGGGUGGCUCUGGGGUGCACUUGUUUUUAUUCCUGCUCCUGAUCAAGACGUGGAUUCUCUGUUCUCUCUUAAUUCCGCAGCAGUACACAAGAAUAUAAAAUUGAAAAUAUGGCAAGCAGAGACAAGGCCACGAAUCAGCUGGAGGAUUUUAAGGCUCAGGUUAAAGAAAAGAACAGACUGACCACAUCGACAGGAUGUCCAAUCGACAACAAGUUGGCCACCAUGACGGCCGGAGCACGCGGGCCGGUGCUCCUCCAAGAUUUUGUCUUCACCGACGAGAUGGCCCACUUCGGUCGUGAGCGUAUCCCAGAAAGGGUCGUCCACGCCAAAGGAGCAGGUGCUUUUGGUUACUUUGAGACAACACAUGACAUCUCUAAGUACUGCAAAGCUGCUCCGUUUGAAUCUAUCGGAAAGAAGACACCUGUCGCCGUACGAUUCUCCACCGUCGGUGGUGAGUCCGGAUCAGCUGAUACUGCUCGUGAUCCUCGUGGCUUUGCUGUUAAAUUCUACUCGGAGGACGGCAAUUGGGAUCUCGUCGGGAACAACACCCCAAUUUUCUUCAUCCGUGAUCCCAUGUUCUUCCCAAGUUUCAUCCACACACAGAAGAGGAACCCUGUCACUCAUCUCAAGGUUUGUAAAAUUCAGUGUUUGGUGUUAGUGUUUGGUGUAUAG